CUUGCUUGGCCUUUGACUGGCCUCACGUACUUUUGAGAGGAGACAAGCAACAGAUUAUUCGUUUCGCUUCUUUUACUUCUGUCACUUGUUAACUGAAAACCGAAGAAACGAUGCUGGACGUAAUUGUGGUAGGCGGAGGAGUCGCCGGCCUCUCUGCCGCCCACAAACUCAAAAAAGCGGGACUCAAGAUUGCGGUUUUAGAAGCUCAAGAUCGAGUUGGAGGUCGAACACUGACCCAGCCUGUGGAUAUAGGUCAGGGAAAGACGGAGCUCUUUGACCUCGGUGGCCAGUGGGUCGGGACGAGCCAGAAACACGUUAUGAACAUAUUACGAGAGCUGGGCCUUGAAACAUAUCCUCAAUACACGACAGGCACAAAGGUCAUGCAACUGGGUUCAGACAGUAAGAUUAGAACCUACAACAGCGACAUUCCUCCGUUGGGUUCAAUCAGGGGUCUGGUUCAACUGCAGCUCUUUAUAUGGAAGGUCGAGAAAAUGGCCGCCCAAACUCCUACUCAAGAUCCUUACGGGAGUCCCCAUGCACAGGAACUCGACGGCCUCACAGUCGAUUCCUUCGCAAGAAAACAUCUGUCGUGCGAAGCGGCCCUUCAGGUUGUUGAUGUUGCUUGCAAGGUUGCUUUCGGCGCGGACGCGACCAGGAUAUCCGCCAUUUUCUUUCUGGCUUACUCGAACGCGGCAGGAGGCGUCAUGAAGAUUCUAGAAGCCAAGGAGGAAACCGCUCAGGAAGCCAGGGUCAAGGGAGGAACUCAGCAAAUAUCCCAAAUCCUGGCCCAAAGACUGGGAGACGAAAUCGUUUUCUUGAGUCACCCCGUAGUUCGCUUGGACCAAACCGAAGAAAACGUGAAAGUGACGACAGAAAACGGGAAGACGUUUGAGGCCCGGCGGGUGAUCAUGACAGCGCCGCCAAACAUGAUAAUUAAGAUGAAAUUUUCACCUCCUCUUCCUCCUUCCAAAAAACUUAUCUACGAGAACUUACCUAUUGGACACCUUAUCAAGUUUGUUGUGGUUUAUGAUAAGGCUUUUUGGCGGGAAAACGGCUUCUCGGGCGAGGUCGUGAGCAAUGGCGGCUCCGAGAGACUUCCUUCGGGUUUGACUCGAGGGCCCCUAAGCGUGUGCUUCGACGCCACCACCCACAGAGGCACGCCGGCUAUUGUGGGGUUUAUUGCGGCCCGCCAGGGGGUCGAGUGGCAGGGAAAGACGAUAGACGAACGAAAAUCAGCUGUUUUAGAAGGCCUGGCGGACACCUUGGGAUCCUCCGCCAGGCACUGCGUAUCCUACACUGAGAAGAUCUGGGCCGAGGAACCCUAUAUAGGAGGGUGUCCUGUGGUCUUCGGAGUCCCGGGGGUGUCCUUCGCUCUGCCGCACCUACGCUCGCCCUUUGACAGACUACAUUUCGCCGGAACAGAAACAGCGACGGAAUGGACGGGUUACAUCAGCGGAGCCAUCCAGUCAGCUGAUCGAGCGGCCGCCGAGGUGCUGAAGAACCUGCGACCUGAACUGGUGUCUGAGAACGACCUGAAGGGAACCUGUUACGACCCUGAGAGCAUUCUUGGAGAAAACAGGACAAAACAAAAGCUACAGUCAGACAGCUACUUCAUUAUUGUAGCAGUCUUCAUAAUGGUUAUUAGUAUUGUAUAUGCUGCAUUGUUAUAGAUAAAAUAUUGAACUAAAUGUAUUCUAAUUACAUGAUUUUCUUAUAUAAUAUUGCGUAGAAUAUAAGGAGAUAAUCUAAGAUACAAAUCCUACUUCUGGUUAAUGUUUUAAGAAUAUAUUUUUAUGGCUAAAAUGAGCAUUCAUUUGUUCAUUCAUUGUCGUUAGUGCAGUUUAUAUAAUUGCAAUUCUUUGCUACUGCUGACCACUAUAUUGAUGAAAGGUUCCUUAAAUAUGUAAACUUUGCAAAAAUAAGUACAUUUGCCAAGGACAAAGAUAUAGUACAUGUAGCUGCAUGUGUGUGAACAAUACAUAACAUAAAUUUUAAGUCAGUACUUCUAAGCAUUAAUAUGUUCCUAGUAUACAAAAAAUAUGUAUAUCAUAUGUAGUAUGUAAUUUGAUCAUAUUUUAAGAUAUCCUUCAUACUUCAGUUGUAAAACAUGGUAAGUAGAAACACCAUUUAUAUUUCACAUUUUAUUUAUAUUUAUCUUUUCAGAAAAAUAUUAGGAUACUUAUAAUCCUGUGUACAAUUGGGCAGUGCAGAGUACAGUAUAUAUAUGAGAAUAUGUGACAUACAUAUAAAAUAGGUUUGUUUGUU